AUGGCAACAGAUGGACCAAUGUUCGCAGCUGUGACCUCGUCUGCGCGACAAAUCCUGCUGUUGCUUCGGUGCAUCUCCUUUGCAAAGAAGGCCAACGUUCGCAUCUCGGACAAGGGGCUGAGAUUUACCACCGACGAUGGCAGCGUCAUGGAGGCCUUCGUCUUUCUUGAGGCGGACAUGUUCUCCUCGUAUAGAUACACUCCGCCACCUUCGGUGUCAUCUCAAGACGAUGAAGCAGUGCCGCCUCUCUUCGAAGUAAACCUCAUUGCACUUCUCGAAACUCUCAAUAUCUUCAGCAUUUCCGACCCAAGCACUGCGAAACGACCUGGCGAGUAUGACUCUUUUGCUGCACAUCGCCUGAAUCGACACGCUGGCAUCAAUGCCUUCUCGAACCAAGCACAUGCGGGCGUAUGCAGCUUCACCUAUGACGGAGAAGGCAGCCCUUUGAGCAUCAACAUGACCGAAGCUGGAGUCACCACCACAUGCGACCUCACCACUUACGAAGCUGAGAGUCCGGAAGAGAUACCCUUCAAUCGCGACAACAUCGAACUCAGAACGGUCAUGCGGUCGAAUUACCUGCUUGAUGCCAUUGCAGAGCUAAGUUCAAUGAACCCAACAGAACUCACCCUGCAAGCCUUCCCAACAACACGACAAGGCGCCAAUCUGUCCUUCUCGGCAAGCGGUGCAUUGGGCUCAGCUGCAGUCGACUUCACGACGCAUACGGACUCGGAGACGCCUGUGCUGGAGAGCUUUUCCUGUUCGAAUAGAACGAGCGGCAGCUUCAAGUUUAGUCUGAUCAAGGCUGCACAACGUGCGAUGGCAAGCUCGAAUAAAGUGUCACUGCGCCUCGAUGAGGAAGGCGUGCUUUGCAUGCAAUUUCUCGUUGAAGUCGAUGCAGGAGGCACUGGCAACGGUGUGGUCUUUGUAGAGUUCAGAGUCGUGCCUCUCGUUGAAGGAGAAGCUGAUGAGGAUGGUGAUAGCUCCGACUGA